GUUCUGUGACUGUCCUGUCAAAUGUCAGUGUCAGAUCUGGCUGGACGCAUCGUACUGUAUAAUUUUUCCUGCAUUUGUUUAUAAAUUGAAAUUAUAGUAUAGUAAUUAUGGCUGAAUCAGACGGCGAUAUAGAGUAUUUGGAUGAAGAUGCCGACAUUGUUCAGCAAUGUGUGCAAGUAGUUCCAGUUCAAGUGCCACAUUUAGUACCCCGCGUUGUUGAGAAGCCUUCCCCGUUGCUGGUGGAACGGAUGCCGGCUGAAAGAAAAAGGAAAAAGAGGAAAGAUGAAGAGGAUUCUGACUAUGAUCCCAAUGAUGACUUAUUGCCGCCGAGUCCACCAAGUUCCAAAGGCAAGAAAAAGAGGCAGAAUGUUGUGAAAAAAGUUAAAACUUACCAGAGAGGAGAGGGUGUUCAAAAUUUGAAAGUUGGAUCAUCAUCAGGCAGAAAGGCUAAACAUUUUCCCGCCAAAGAGCCGGUUAUUGAUCGGAAACUUUGUAAUAUUAGGAUUCCUGAUUAUGAUGAUCCCUUGUGUUUGCCAGUAAAAGCGAUUAAAAGUGAAGAUUCUGACGUGAAAAGGUUGAAUAACUGGAAUAACGUGUGUUUGGAGCAUUUUAAACAUUGCGACAGCUUGCUGAAACCGGAGAGGGGAGACACUUAUAGUUCUGUGAGAACUGUUGUGUUCAGGAAUGUUGCUAAUAAACAAACAGGAAAACCAGAAACAACAAUUUGGAGCAAAACCUGUGUUGAAAACGACGAAGGUGACAAAAAGUCCGAGAUCUUCCAAUGCGUACUCCCUCGUUACAAAGAGAAGAAGGUACUGACUACCUUCAAUCUUGCUGCAAGGAGGCCGAAACCGUUCCAUUUGUCUGAUGAAGUGAUUCUGAGUAAGGAGGAUAGUAAAGACGGAGAGGUGCUCGUUGUAUAUAAGCCUAAGGAAGCGUCUUCUGCGGUUUAUAAGAUGGUGACUGCAUCUGAUAGAAAAUCAUCAGAAGGUAAAGAAGAGGAUUCAGAAGAUAAAGAAGAUGAUGAUGACUUCAAGAUGUACAUGAAAGAGUUGGCAUUCUGCAAGAUGUGUGCACCUUGCUUCCAGACCUCUUGGAGAGGGGUCAAGAAAAAUACUAGGAAAAGCAUUGCAUGCCCCAUCUGUUCUCGUUCGUUCGUGACGGUGUACAAUCUUCUGUCUCACUUCAAGACUCACUCCACAGAAGAUAUGCAGAAAUAUAAGACUGUCAUAUCUUCUAUUUUGGCAGAGAUUGUGGACUACCAUUACAAGUGCAGAGUGUGUCGCGAACAGUUUCCAAGUAUCAAGAAUUUGAGGCAGCAUGUGACUACACAUCAAGGCAACGAGUUCUUUACAUGUGAAGUCGGUAACCACUUGGCGAGAUAGGAUAAAUUCAGAUUAUGUUAUAAAAUAAAUAUAUUUGAUACAA